UUUUUAUCUUUCUUGGGAUCAGGCUUAUAGUUUUCAUAAGGGACAUACAUCGUGUUUGAUGAUUGAUGAUUGAUGGUUGAUGAUUGAUGAUUGAUGAUGAACCAACCAACUAAGGGUUUAUAGAGCAUUUUGAGCAAAAGAAUCCGAUUUAUGUAUGUACUAUUUAAUUCUUGCCUCGUCAGUGAAAGCCGUUUCAAUAUUCUUCCCUGCACCAGAAAAUGGCACAUGUUGCAGCCUCUUCCCUCCGGUCUGCAAUGAAUAGCAUCCGUUUAACAGGACAUUUACCGAUUGUCUUCCCUCACACCAUUAUCUACCCUCUUCCUCGCUUCCUUAAACUCUUAAUUUCCAAGCCUUAUUUUCUUUGUCGACCCAUUUGCUCUCGUGCUCUUCAUUCCCAAUCUCCUCUUCCUUCACAAGGGGACUUGCUGAUUUUGAAGCAAGAUGAACGGUUUUCGUGGGCAACUGGGAUAACCCAGUUGCCAAAUUCAAGCACAAUUGCUGCCAUUGUUACUUCUUUGGGUGGUCCACCAGCUGCUGUUGGUAUUGUCAGAUUAUCUGGAUCAGAAUCUGUGGAUAUUGCUCGGAAGGUGUUUCGACCCGUCAGAAAGAGUAGCAAACACAACAAGGUGGACAAAGGAGACACUAAUUUGUGGAAGCCCACAAGCCAUGUCGUAGAGUACGGUGUGGUUCUUGAUGUUUUUGAUAAUAUUGUUGAUGAGGUUCUACUAGUCCCUAUGCUGGCUCCUAGAUCUUACACUCGAGAGGACGUGGUUGAGCUUCAGUGCCAUGGUAGUGAUGUAUGUCUUCGUCGUGUGCUGAGAGCUUGUUUAGAUGCUGGUGCAAGGCUUGCUGAACCAGGUGAGUUUACUCUUCGUGCUUUUCUAAAUGGUCGCUUGGAUCUCUCCCAAGCUGAAAAUGUCGGGAAGCUUAUAGCGGCAAAAUCUGCGGGCGCUGCUGAUGCAGCGCUGACUGGAAUCCAGGGAGGUUUCUCACAUCUUGUCAAAUCAUUCAGAAAACAAUGCAUAGAAUUGCUUUGUGAGAUUGAGGCGCGCCUUGAUUUCGAGGAUGAAAUGCCACCACUGGACGUUAUUUCUGUUAAAAACACAAUAAAUGAUAUGACGGAAUAUGUAGAAAAGGCAUUGGAAACUGCCAAUUAUGACCAGCUUCUACAAUCAGGAUUGCAGAUUGCAAUUGUUGGAAGGCCUAAUGUUGGAAAGUCAAGCCUUCUUAACGCGUGGAGCAAGAGUGAGAGAGCUAUAGUAACUGAAAUUGCUGGGACGACUCGAGAUGUUGUUGAAGCCAGUAUCACAAUUCAAGGUAUCCCUGUGACCCUGCUUGAUACUGCUGGAAUUCGGGACACUGAAAAUAUUGUGGAAAAAAUUGGUGUUGAAAGAUCUGAAGUUAUGGCCUUGGGUGCUGAUGUUAUUGUAAUGACAAUCAGUGCUGUUGAUGGUUGGACAGUGGACGAUGAGCAGCUUCUGAAUAGAAUUCGAUCUGCGCAGGAGACAAGAUCUUAUUCACCCAUAAUCCUUGUCAUCAACAAGAUAGAUCGUAUCCCAUCGUCAUUUGUCAAAAGCUUUGAUGUAGCUGACAAUCGAUUUGUUAGAUGCAUAUAUACAUGUGCUGUCACCGGUGAAGGACUGGAAGAUCUUGAAAGGGCAGUAUCAGAGGUUGUGGGUCUUGAGAGUAUUUCUUCUGGAGGCAGAAGAUGGACUAUAAAUCAGAGACAAUGUGAGCAGUUAGUACGCACAAAAGAGGCUCUAUUGCGGCUAAAAUGUUCGAUAGAAGAAGAAUUGGCACUAGAUUUCUGGAGCAUUGAUUUGAGAGAAGCAGUUUUAGCUCUGGGCCAGAUUUGUGGAGAGGAUGUCUCUGAAGAAGUAUUAUCCAAUAUCUUCAACAAAUUUUGCAUUGGUAAAUAGUAUUUGGUCGCCGAUUUGUCGCAUUAUGUUGCCUUUCUCUUUCACAUUGUAUUUGUUGGUUAAGAGAGAACGAUUUUUUAAUUACAUACUAUAUUUUUACUCGUAAAUAAAAUUAUGUCUUCACUUUUUUUGUCAA